AUGACAUAUAUCACAGACUGGAAUGAAUUUCAAACUGGUGUUGAGGAACUUUAUUUGAAUUCUCCAAAAGAGACAAGAUAUUUAGUUUCUUGGAAACAUUCCCAGGCUUCACUUGUUUUAAAAGUGACUGAUAAUUUUAGAGUGUUGAAGUAUAAAACAGAUCAGGCUGUUGAUCUAAAGAAAUUUGAAAAAUUAAACAAAUCUUUAAUGUGUAAAAUGCAAAAUCGUAAAAUUCCAGACGAUCAAGUUGUUGAACCAACGGCAUCAACUACACCUUCCGUCACCAACACUGCUGCUUCUACCACUUCUACCAAUGUGGCCACUAUAAAAUCAGAGUCAUCACAAGUUGUUGCAUCAGAAAAGAAAAAGAAAAAAAAAGGUGGUCGCUAG